AUGAAGAACGUUGUUGCUCUCAUCGCUACCGCCGCCCUGGCUGCUCAGGGCGCGUCGGCCCACUACAUUUUCCAGGCGCUGGCGAAGGGAACUGCCAAGGGUGUCCCGUACGAGUACGUUCGACGAAACACUAACUACAACUCUCCCGUUACCGACCUGUCUUCCCCUGACCUUCGAUGCAACGUCGGCGGUGCCACCGGCGGUAACACCAGCACUCUUGAGUUGAACGCCGGUGACCCGUUCACCUUCACACUUGACACGGCCGUCUACCACCAGGGACCCAUCUCCCUGUACUUAUCGAAGGCCCCGGGCACUGCCGCGGAAUACGAUGGUAGCGGAGACUGGUUCAAGAUCAACGAUUGGGCACCUGUCUUCAACGGUGGCCAGGCUACCUGGACCAUGAAGGACACCUACUCUUACACGGUUCCCAAGUGUAUCCCUAACGGAGAGUACCUCCUGCGAAUCCAGUCCCUCGCCAUCCACAACCCCGGCGCCACUCCGCAAUGGUAUGUCGGUUGUGGCCAGAUCAAAGUCAGCGGCGGCGGAAGUGCCUCGCCCAGUCCCACCGUUAAGAUCCCCGGUGCUUUCAAGGCUAGCGAUCCCGGAUAUACUGCCAACAUCUACAACAACUUCCACUCGUACACCGUACCCGGCCCCUCUGUAUUUACCUGCUAG